AGAAGAAACGCACUCCUGACAGAAAAUGGUCGACUGGCGAUGUGAGGAUAAUUACCUUCUGGUCGAGGCACAAUUAUAAGGUGUCCCGUGUUAUAGCAUGAACCAUUGUAAUUAGCAGAUAACUAUAAUGUUCAAAAAGGCGAAACGAGCCAACUUUCGGCGGAGGAAUGACUCCGACGAGGACGAGCAGGAGGAGAGUCGGCAGCCGCCGCUGCUGCCGACAUCGUUCGGGCCCGCCGUGGAGGAAAUCCCGUUUAUGGAGACUUCCCACAGCAGCGUUACCGGAGCACCGAGCAGCACCGACAACUGCUACAGCAAUGGUUUUCUAGCUAGCGUAAGAACUGUUAAGAAAGAAAAGAAAAGCAGAGAUGUCGUUACAGCUGCGGUGCCUGUACCCACGAAAGCCAGUUUGCUGAGUUUUGACGAUGACGAAGAGGGAUCCGAGGUGUUCAGGGUGAAGAAAUCCAAUCACAGCAAGAAGAUCGUCAAGCAGCUGAAGAAAGAAUACAAGGAGGAUUUGGAGAAGUCCGGAGUCAAACAGGAAAUCAAAUCAGAUGCUCCACUUCAGCCUGUGCUUGCCAUCAAAGAGGAAGUUAUCAGCAGAGCAGGAAGUGAACAAGGGGAGGAAGAAAUGGAGGUGGACAGUGCCGAUGAGCAGGCAGAAGACACGAAGAGUCAAGGCGGCCAGGGACAAGGUCAAGUCUCCAGGAGCAACAAUGCCGGAGCAACGUUCAACACUCUCUCCUCCCUUAGCAGCCUUAGACCAGGGGAGAUCCCUGAUGCAGCAUUCAUCCAUGCUGCCAGAAAGCGACGGCAACUGGCCAGAGAGCUGGGGGGUGAAGCCCCUCUGGUUGAGACGGAGGCUCCCAAGAAACGUAUGGUACGAGAAGACCAAGAUGCCAGUGAUGACGAAGAUGAGGAAGAGAAGAGGAUCCGCUUCAGUGCUGUCAAGAACAAAAGCCAGAGACAGAAGAUUGCAGAGGAGAUAGGUAUUGAGGGCAGUGACGAUGAGGCGCUGGAUACGGGUCAGGAUGAGGAGGUGAGCCGUUGGGAGCAGGAGCAGAUUAGGAAAGGAAUCAGCAUACCCCAGGUCCAAAGCAGCCAGCCAGAGGACAACACAGUCUACUACCAGAACAGCUACGAGAGCCAACCCUACGGCUCUUCGUACAGCAUGCCUUUCUCCUACAGCACAGUGGCCCCACAGACUUCCAAGCCAACUGGCCGAGCAGACAAUGGUUCUGUUCACUACGGCACCCCUAUUAGUGAUCUAACCCCGGUAUCCAUUGAUCUGGUAAAGAAACGCCUGCAGGAUAGGCUCACUCAAAUGCGUGCAGGCCACGAAGCAAACGCCAGGCGCUACAAACAGAUUGAAGAAGACCUAGCUGCCUCUGAGAGCGCCAUACAGCAGCUGGAGGGCUCGUCCAAUGACAAUGCAGAUCAAUAUAAAUUCUUGCAAGAGAUGCGAGGGUAUGUUGGAGACUUGCUUGAGUGUUUCAGUGAAAAGGUGCCUGCUGUCCUGGAGCUGGAGGCUGCCAUGCACCAGUUACUAAGGCAACGGGCCUCACGACUUGUCCAGAGAAGACAGGAUGAUAUUAAAGAUGAAUCGGCGGAGUUUGCAAGCCUUUCAAAUAAAGCCGUCAUGGCUCCUAAUCUGGACUCUUUUGGUCGAGACCGCGCAGCAUACCAGGAGAACAGUCGUCAGAGGAGGAUAGCAGAAAGAGAAGCACGGCGAACUCGGCGGCGACAAGCUAGAGAGCAGAACGGAAAGAGGGCUGAGCAUAAAGAAGGCUUAUCAUCUGAUGAUGAGGAGACUUCUACUGACAUCACCAGCUUCAACAUGGAAAGAGAUCGUAUCAUCAGGGAAUGUAAGAAAGUAUUUGAGGAUGUGGUGGAGGACUUUCAUUCUCUUGACUGCAUCAAAUCCCAUUUUGAAGUAUGGAGGAGAGAAUAUGCCGACGGCUACAGAGAUGCUUACAUAGGCCUCUGUCUGCCCAGACUCUUUAGCCCUUUAGUCCGCCUGCAGCUGAUUACAUGGAACCCUCUCGAGGCUCAGUGUGCAAAUUUCGAGUACAUGCUCUGGUUUGAGUCGCUGUUGUUUUACGGCUUUGAGGAGCACAGCAUGUUGCAGAGAGGAGAUGGGGAUAUCAGCUUGCUGCCUGCUAUUGUGGAGAAGGUCAUCCUCUCCAAACUGACAGUGUUGGCAGAGCAAGUGUGGGACCCGCUGUCAAACAGUCAGACAGCCAGGCUGGUGGGCUUCAUUCGCAGACUAAUGAAAGGUUACCCCACUGUGCUGCAUGGGGACAACCGGUACACACAGGAGCUUUUGAAAACUAUUGUCUUCAGGACCAGGCGAACUCUGGAUGAAGAUGUCUUUCUUCCACUCUACCCAAAACAUGUGUUGGAGAACAAGAAUAGCAGUCCUUACUUAUUCUACCAGAGGCAGUUCUGGUCCUGUGUGAAGCUGCUGGGCAACAUCCUGCAGUGGGAUGGUAUCUUGUCCAUUUCCUGUCUUCGGGAUCUGGCGUUGGACAGCACUUUGAAUAGAUACAUCCUCUCCGCACUGCAGACCACAGAUACCGGGGAGGACAAUAUUCCAAAAUGCCAGAAGGUGGUGGAGUGUUUGCCAGUGCAGUGGUUCUCUGGACUGAAGGGCCAGCAGACGUUGCCUCAGUUGGAGCCACUCUGUCGCUACCUCACCCACCUGGCCAACUCACUGUACCGCAGCAGUUUGGGCGGGUCUGACGUGGAACGACGUACUGCAAAGGAGCAGGUCAAAGAGGUCGUGAAGCUGCUGGGCCACAUGAACGCUCUGGAUCACAUCAUCACUGUGGCAGAAGAGCAUGGCAUUAAAGACAUCAAGCCACUUUUGGAAGCCAAGUCGUAAAGGAGGACACGGCAACAGAAGCUUUUCGGUCAUCUGUUGUCACGUUUGGCACAUUUGAAGCCAUGGGGUCACAAAAAUUGGAUUUCUGGGGGAGGGGGGGGUGGAGUUUGUGUAAAUGGAUUUGAAGUAACACUCAACAGUUGCUAGCUCACCUGAAAAGACAUGGUUAAGAAAAAACUGGUGUAAAUAUUGUAAAUAAUGUAUAGAAAGUUGUGCGCAUAUGCUCAACACAGGACCGAUGCUGAAAUGAGGCCUUGUAUUGUCAGCUCAAAAAUACCACUCGGUUAUACUACGCUGGCAGUAUUUUAAAUGCAUAAUUUAUUAUGGAUAAACAAUAUGGAUUACUGGCAUGUUUGGAUAAUGUCUGAUCUCUAAACUGAUGCCAUAUUCAACCAGGCUAUGUGUAAAAGAACUGCUUAAACUCCUUUUGUUUUUCUCACAUACUCUACUUUUCCACACAUGCCAAAAAAAUUUUGUAGUUGACCGAAAGGAAGACACGGCAAAAUUUAAAAAUGUGUCUCACAGUACACUGUGGCGCAGUUGAUAAGGUUAUUUUUUUGGAUCUCCACUUCACGUUACAGUCCUCCUGUGUCACCUACAGACUGCCUCGAUGACUCCACAAUAGCUGAAAGCUUUUUUUCUCACAUCUGCAAGACUUUUGUUUUUGCAUUUUAUUUGUCUGUGAAUAAAAUAAUUUGA